AUUUAAGAUGGCGGCCGUACAUCUGAGGAUCGGGGAUUUGGUUUGGGGUAAGCUGGGACGUUAUCCGCCUUGGCCAGGAAAGAUUGUUAGUCCCCCAAAGGAUUUGAAGAAACCGAGGGGCAAAAAAUGUUUUUUUGUGAAAUUCUUUGGAACUGAAGAUCACGCUUGGAUAAAGGUUGAACAGCUAAAGCCUUACCACCCCCACAAAGAAGAAAUGAUCAAGAUAAACAAAGGCAAACGCUUCCAGCAAGCUGUCGAUGCGGUUGAGGAGUUUCUAAAGAAAGCCAAGGGAAAGGAGCAGGCGUCACACAGUAACUCUGACGACAAAAGUAAAUCAGGCACAGAAACCAAAGGGCGGAAAAGUCCAGCCAAACCGAUGAAGAUUAUAGAAGAAGAUGACGAAGAUGCCUUCAAGGGUGGUUCCUCUGACAAAGAAUUAACUGACUCUGACCCAGAACCCUCCUCUGUGCAACGUCUGGUCGCUGGAACACUUUCAGGAUUCAAAUGGGAUAGCAGUCCAGUAAAGGACGACCCACAUUUUCACCACUUUCUACUCAGCCAGUCUGAGAAGCCAGCUUCUUCAAUGGAGCCCAUCAGUAAACGUUUGAAGAUUAUAGAGGAGGACACGAGGUCGACGUCAAUUCAGGCCGCGGACAGCACAGCCAUCAACGGCAAUAUUACACCCACAGAUAAAAGAAUAGGUUUUCUCGGUCUGGGAUUAAUGGGGAGUGGAGUGGUUUCCAACCUGUUGAAAAUGGGUCACGUGGUCACUGUAUGGAAUCGCACAGCCGAAAAGUGCGACUUGUUCAUCCAAGAAGGCGCCCGGUUAGGACGAACUCCGGCGGAGGUGGUAUCCAUGUGUGACAUCACGUUCUCGUGUGUGUCUGACCCCAAAGCUGCCAGAGAUUUGGUCCUGGGGCCCAGCGGCGUUCUGCAGGGAAUCAGACCGGGUAAAUGUUACGUAGAGAUGUCCACCGUCGACCCGGAGACCAUCACGGAACUCUCACAGGUUAUCACAUCCAGAGGAGGGCGUUUCUUGGAAGCGCCUGUAUCAGGCAGUCAGCAGCUCUCUAAUGACGGCAUGCUGGUUAUUGUGGCAGCUGGAGAUCGCACUGUUUAUGAAGACUGUACCAGCUGUUUCCAAGCUAUGGGAAAGACCUCUUUCUUCUUAGGUGAAGCAGGCAACGCGGCGCGGAUGAUGCUCAUACUCAACAUGGUUCAGGGCAGUUUCAUGGCCACCAUUGCUGAGGGUUUAACCUUAGCACAGGCCACUGGGCAGUCUCAGCAGACCUUUCUGGACAUCCUGUGCCAAGGCCAGAUGGCCAGCACAUUUGUGGACCAGAAAUGCCAAAAUAUUUUGCAAGGCAACUUCAAACCAGAUUAUUACCUGAAACAUAUUCAGAAAGACCUUAGACUAGCCAUUUCAAUGGGCGACUCGGUCAAUCACCCGACUCCCAUGGCAGCGGCUGCAAAUGAGGUUUACAAGAGGGCAAAAGCAUUGGACCAGUCAGACAACGACAUGUCAGCCGUGUACAGAGCUUACAUUCACUGAACCUGGACACGUGCUCUGAACUCUGGACCACAAAACCUUUUUCUCCUCUCUCUCUCUUUCUUUUUUUCUUUUGUGCUUUUCUGUUUGUUUUUAUUUGUUUUUUGUUUUGUUUUGUUUUUUUCAUGAUUGAGUUUUGUUGAGCACCAGUGUUGUCUCUUCCUGCGGGGGGAGAGACCAGUUUGACAGCCUGCUCCAAGCCUUGCACUGAAUCUUGUAUUAAUCCACGUUCGCUCUGUGUGAAGUGGCUCGCCCCCUCGCACUCUCAAACUUCAUUCUGUCGUAAAGAGACGAGAUGCAGUUCACUGCCCAUAAGGCAGUCUGAUUAACAGAAAGUAUCAGGGUUUAUUUAUCACACAUAUCUUUACGUAUUAGAGUAUUUAAUUCCAAAUGUGUGAUUUUUUUUUUUUUUUAUUUAAUUUUAUUUUCCAUUGUCCAGAAUUCAAUACAAAUUCAGCUGUUACUAUCAUAAAAAAACAGACCAGAGGAGCACCAAGAAAAUGACACUGCAUUGCCUUAAUGUAAAAUCCCCAUAAAGAUGUUAAAUAUAUUUAUUUAUGGUUUAUGAGAACUCACCCUCUCUGACUGGGUGACAUUUUUGGCCGUGUUGUUUUUGUUUUAGUUUUUUGUGCAGGUGGUAAGAUGACAGUGUUUGUGGUUGAAUUAGGGAGAGACUCCAAUGCCUUAUCAAGAUUACAGUCCCAUGGUUCCACACUAACACACAACAUGCAAUGUCCUAUCCAAGGAACUAUGAUGUUACACCCCAUACUAAACAGUUUGUCCUGAUGUUAUACUGAAAAUAAAACCAUGGAGAUUUAAAUUAUCUCUUCCCUUUCAACUAACUGGCAGUGGCUGCCUUUUUUUUUUUUAAAUGAGUAAAGAGUAUUUAGAGAUUCUGAUCUUUGGUUUUCCAAUGGCUUGUUGGGUUUUGAUCUCCUUACAGCAGUGGAAACAUUAAGUGUUCAGAGCCAUGCAAGUCUGCUGAGGUAAAAAUCUGAUUCCAUUGGGUUGUAGGUUGUCUUUUAGAAGGCCAUGGAUGCAUUGGAGAUUCCGUUUAUUUGAGCCAGCUAAAUUACUGUUAAGUACCUUUUUAAAAUUUUCACCUCAUGGAAGUAGAAUAAGGAAAUGCUUUAAUUGUUACUUUUAAACUAUAUUUAAUUCUUGCAUUUUGAGUUUAUUUUUAGAAAAUACCGUGCAGGCCACACCUUCAAAAAACAUCAAGCGAUUUUGUUGUACAAGGCUAAGCAAGUAAGCAAGUCUAGGGUCAUUCCUUUCCUCAAAAUCAGUCUCUUUGGUCUUUUUGUGUGAGUGUGUGUGUGUGUGUGCUUUUUUUUUCUUCUUCUUUUUUUCUUUCUAUUUUUUUUUCUUUUUUUUUUAAGGACAAAGUGCGUCGUUAUAGAUGUGGAAACUGAUGUUUGAGAAUCAUGAGUUUUGAAAGAAUAUGAACACGUUUGAUGUACAUAGCACCACCAGCUCUCUGGGGUUAUUACACAAAUACAAGAGGGUUAACAUGCUUUUGAUUUGACUCUACUGAAUUUAUUAAUCAUCUGGUGUCUUAAUAUUGUAGACUGUUCUUUUGUGUUAGAUGAUUAAAUUUAUUCUCUGUAAAUGGUUUAUUGAUAUGUGGCUUAUACAAACUUGCUAACGACAUACAUGUAUAAACUAGACGACAGCUUGAUUCCAAUUUGUGUAAGAAAGGUGAUGCUGUUCUAAUUGGAAAUAUUUAUAAUUUGAUGUGAAUGUGCAAAAUGUCAAAGGGUUUUUUUCCCCCCAACUGAAUCCUCCUCUGAUUAAACGAACAGAAUGUGAA